AUGGCCAAUGAUCUUUGGAUGCAGAUGUUCCCCAGUGCUGAAGUUGGUUUCUUGUCUGAAGGGCUUUUUUACCAUUGUCCUAUGGUCCUCUCUUUGUACCCCUGUAGUAACAUUUCAAAGAAUCCUUUUAGGUAUUUUGACAUGUGGAAGUAUGCUGAUGGCUACACAGAGCUAGUUCAAAAUACCUGGAGUAAAACUGAUAUUGGUACAUUGAUGUAUCAAGUUGUGGGAAGCUACAACUGCCAAACAGUACAGAAUUGUGCAUUCUAUUUAUCAUCUUUCUUGAGACAAAAAGCUAAAGAGGUAUGGGCUAAAGGUGGAGAUGAGAAUAAUGCUAUAUUCCAUAAAAGAAUUCGAGCUAGAGUACUGCAUAAUUCUGUGUAUGCUAUCCAUGAUAUGGAUGGGAAUCGGGUGUGUGAUGAGCAGUUAGUGGCCAAUGCUUUUCUGCAGUAUUACCAGAAGCUCUUGGGUUCAACUACAGCUCAUAGAAGUUGUAUUAUGCCUGAGAUAGUGGCUGCUGGUGACAAAGCACCUGGGCCUGAUGGUUUUGGGAGCCAUUUCUUUAAGGAUAAUUGGCAUGUAGUAGGUGGACAUGUUACUAAAGCUGUACUGGAUUUCUUCAGGAUCGGUAAGAUUUUGAAGGAGAUAAUCUCUACUACAAUUACUUUGAUACCAAAGACAAAAUGCCCUUCUAGUGUUGUUGAGUUCAGACCCAUAUCCUGCUGUAAUGUAAUUUAUAAAUGCAUCACCAAGAUGUUGUGUGACAGGAUGAAAGUGGUGUUACCGGGUUUGAUUGCUGAAAAUCAAGGGGCUUUUGUCCAUGGUAGAUUCAUCAUGCAUAACAUCAUGAUAUGUCAAGAUAUUGUGAGACAGUAUGGAAGGAAGAAUGCAGCCCCUAGUUGUUUUCUUAAGUUAGAUAUGCAGAAGGCAUAUGACACAAUUGAGUGGGGAUUCUUGGAAGAGAUGCUAAUUGCUUUGGGUUUUCCUGAUCAAUUUAUUAAAUGGGUUAUGGUCUGUGUCACUACCCCUAAAUUUUCCCUUAUAAUCAAUGGCAGUGUACAUGGUUUUUUUACUUCAAAAAGGGGGUUUAAGGCAAGGGGAUCCACUCUCACCUCUGUCGUUUGUGAUGAUUUGAUUCUUUGCUGCAAAGGUGAGUCAAAGUCUAUUCUCAUGCUCCUUCAGAGCUUAAAAUUCUUCUCUGACACAUCUGGUUUGAAAGAUAAUAUUCAAAAAUUAGCCAUUUAUGUUAUUAGCAUGAAACAAGAAGAGUUUGAAAAAGUGGUGGAGAUCUCUGGUUUCACUGCAGUUUUUGUGUUGCCAAAGCAUACUCUCAAAACUGUGGAAGCUAUCUGUACAGAUUUCCUGUGGCAAGGUACUUAUUUCAGUUCUAAACCUGGAUAUGUAGCUUGGAAGAAAGUGUGUUCAGCAAAGAAAGAAAGAGGGCUAGGAAUUAGAAAUGUUCAGGUGUGGAACAUUGCAGCUCUGGGGAAGUAUGUGUGGGCAGUAGCCAGAAAACAAGACAUUAUGUGGGUUAGAUGGGUCAAUGCCAUAUGUGUGAAGAGUGAGAACUGGUGGGGAUAUCAGCCAACCGCUGAUAGUGGGUGGUAUUGGAGGAAAAUAUGUGCAGUUAAGGAGAAAUUGAAAGAGUAUUAUGAUGAAAGAAGCUUUGCUCAGUUGCCUAAGUAUUCUGCGUAG